UAAGCCUAUGCGAGGACUCAAGUCAUCUGGAACCCCACAUCCCAGGGGAACCACUGUUUCCAGAUUCUGUCCCCCACACGGCGGAGCCCGACCACAAUCGCCAAGGUUGCUGCUGAGGCCGGAGCCGCGCCUGACUCGCAGUGCCCCCCCUCUGCUGGCUGGAAGCAAGUGAGCGGCGCGUCUUCCCAGAGCGAGGAUGGAGGAGGGCACGGUCAAGAGGGAAGGGAGGCUGACGCUGGUGCUUGCCCUGGCCACGCUGAUCGCGGCCUUCGGGUCCUCCUUCCAGUACGGGUACAAUGUGGCCGCUAUCAACUCCCCUUCCCAGCUCAUGAAAGAAUUUUACAACGAGACCUACUAUGAUCGGAAGACCUACUACUUGACCGACUUUAACUUGACGCUUCUGUGGUCUCUUUCUGUGUCCAUGUUCCCCUUUGGAGGCCUCAUCGGGUCCCUCAUGGUCGGCUUCUUGGUGAACAAAUUUGGGAGGAAAGGGACCUUGCUGCUGAACAACUUCUUCUCCAUCGUGCCCGCCGUCUUGAUGGGAUCCAGCGAAGCUGCCCGCUCGUUUGAGAUGAUCAUUGUCGCCAGGCUGCUGGUGGGCAUAUGUGCGGGUCUGUCUUCCAACGUCGUCCCCAUGUACCUGGGGGAGCUGGCCCCCAAGAACCUGAGGGGGGCCCUGGGGGUGGUGCCCCAGCUCUUCAUCACCGUGGGCAUCCUCACGGCCCAGAUCCUGGGCCUUCGGAGUGUCCUCGCAAACCAGAAAGGCUGGCCCCUCCUCCUCGGGGUGACUGGGAUCCCCGCGGCUCUGCAGCUCCUGCUGCUGCCCUUCUUCCCGGAGAGCCCCCGCUACCUGCUGGUCCAGAAGAAAAACCAGGCAGCGGCCAGGAAAGCCCUGAGGAGGGUGCGCGGCUGGGACUACGUGGAGGACGAGAUGGAGGAGAUCCAGCUGGAGGCCGAGGCCGAGAAGGCCGCGGGCUUCAUCUCCGUGGUGAAGCUGUUCAGGAUCAGGUCCUUGCGCUGGCAGCUCAUCUCCAUCAUCGUCCUCAUGGGCGGCCAGCAGCUGUCGGGAGUGAACGCGAUCUACUACUACGCAGACCAGAUCUACGAGAAUGCGGGGGUGUCAAAAGAUAAUGUCCAGUAUGCGACGGCGGGCACGGGGGCUGUCAACAUGGCAAUAACCAUUUUAGCCGUGUUCGUGGUGGAGCUUUUGGGGAGGAGAAUCCUGCUGCUCCUGGGCUUCUCCAUCUGCUUCUGCGCCUGCUGCGUGCUCACGGUCGCUCUGGUUCUGCAGACCACCGUCUCCUGGAUGCCUUACCUCAGCAUCGUCUGUGUCCUCACCUACGUCAUAGGACAUGCCCUCGGGCCCAGCCCCAUCCCCGCGCUGAUCAUCACCGAGAUCUUCCUGCAGUCCUCCCGGUCCUCGGCCUUCAUGGUGGGGGGCAGCGUGCACUGGCUCUGCAACUUCGCCGUGGGCUUGCUCUUCCCCUUCAUCCAGGGGGGCCUCGGGCCCUACAGCUUCGUCAUCUUCGCCGGGGUGUGCUUCCUCACCGCCACCUUCAUAUUCCUCGUGGUCCCCGAGACCAAGUCCAAGACGUUCAUGGAGAUCAACCUGGCCUUCGCCAGGAUGAACAACGUGUGCGAGGUGUACCCAGAAAACCAGGAGCUGAGGGAGUUCCCGGAGGAACAGAAGAAACUUCCGGAGCAGAUGGAACUUCCGGAGGAGACGGAACUUCCGGGGGAACGGAAGGAGCUUCCGGACAAACUCCGGUCCGUGUCGGAGGAGCUGCAGGCCGUGUCGGAGGGCCUGAAGGAGCUGCCGGAGAAGCUCAAGUCCGUGUCGGAGGAGCUGAAGGCGGUGUCGGAGGCGCUCCAGGCCGUGUCGGAGGAGCUUCCGGAGGAGCCCAAGCAGCUCCCGCCCUCCACCGUGAGGCUGUAACUCGGGAGGAGGAGCCUGCUGCGUGGUCCGCGGGCAGCUCCCUUCUGGGGUUUUGUCUGAGUCAUAGUUGUCUGUAAAUACCCAGAACUAGGACAGUCCAGUGAGGGGUGCCCAAAGGGCUGCUGGGCAGUUAUUAAAGCCGGACCGACCCACCCCCAGGCCCAGGUCACAGUGAGCAGCCAGCCGUCCUCCCGCCGUGGCUGGGCCAGCCGUAGUGUGGCUGCUGUAACACCAGCUUUUAGGACACGACGCCUUAGUGUGGUGGUGGCAUAGAAGGAAUCAAACUGGGCCAGAGAAGCAAUCCUUUCUCCAAUCCCAUGGGUCUUCCGGGGGCCCCGGGCCUGUGUGCAGAGCAGAAUUCAUCCUCUUGUCGGAUCCAUCUCCAGAACCGCCACUCUCGGAAAGUGUGAGGUCACAAGUAACGGCGUCCAGGAAGCUGGAGGACAGGUCCCUGUGGAGACUUGAACCAAGUCAGGGAUUCUUAAUCCUAAAUUACAUUGUGCGAGGACAAUGGAAUUGCCUCAGUAUACUCAAUAAAACAAAUGUGAUCAUUUUUCA